AGUUUGGUAUGUAGCAAACUAGCAACUAGCAAGUGUGUGACAGAGAGGGACAGAAAAAAGUUGCACAAAAGGAUAGGGCCGGGAAUGGUUAAAACGUUGGAUGUGGAUGCAACCAAACCGAAGCAGUGAGAAGAAGAAGAAUACAAAAAAGGGUACAAUCUGUUAUCUGUCUCUCAUAGCUGGCGCUUUACCUCCAUUAUUUUUGGUUUUCGUUUUGGACAGACAAGCUAGUCUUUGCUUCUCUGACUACACUCCUUCUCUCAGUGUACCACUAUGCCAUGCCUAUGGCCCAGCCUACGUCAACUCUCACCUUUUUCCCUUCCACUUUACUUCCCUUAUGCAUCAAACAACACCACAAUGAACAAUAAUACUACACUCAACCCUUAGCCACUACCCACCACCCCAAUGGCUUCUGCCUCCUCUGAGUCUCUCAACGGUUUGAAAUUUGGCAAAAAAAUCUAUUUUGAGGAUGUGGGUCACUCUACUAGUACUCCACCCUCUUCUCUUGCUUCUGCUGUUGCUACUACUGCUUCUUCCUCUUCUUCAAGGAAAGGAAGAGGUGGGUCUGUUCAACCAGCUCAGCCUCCCAGGUGUCAAGUUGAAGGGUGCAAGGUAGAUCUGAGUGAUGCAAAAGCUUACUAUUCUAGACACAAGGUCUGUGGCAUGCACUCCAAAUCCCCCAUUGUCAUUGUUGCUAGCCUUCAACAAAGGUUUUGUCAACAGUGUAGCAGAUUUCAUCAGCUUCCUGAGUUUGAUCAAGGAAAAAGAAGUUGCCGCAGACGACUAGCUGGCCAUAAUGAACGGAGGAGAAAGCCCCCACCCAGCUCCCUCUUAACCUCUCGCUAUGCCAGACUUUCUUCAUCUGCUUUUGAUAACAGUGGCAGAGGUGGCAACUUUCUGAUGGAAUUGUCUUCAUACCCAAAGCUUAGUCUGAGAAGUCCACUUCCAACUCCUGGAUCAUCUGAGCUAGCUCAUGGAAAUCAAACCUCAACAAUCAGCUGGCAGGAAAACUCAGAGACACCAUCUGAUCUUUUCUUGCAAGGUUCGGUGGGUGGAACCAGCUUUGCUGGUCCUGAACAUCCUCCAGGGGAAAGCUACACUGGGGUCACUGACUCAAGCUGUGCUCUCUCUCUUCUGUCAAGUCAAACAUGGGGUUCUAGAAACACUGCACCAAGUCUUGGGUUAAAUAGCAUGAUAAAUUUCAAUGAGACACCCAUGACACAACUUGCUGCAUCAUCUCAUGGUGCAUCAAUCCAUCAACUCCCAAAUAAUUCGUGGUGUUUCAAGGGCAUUGAUACCGAGGUUGUCCCUGAUCUUGGUCUAGGUCAAAUUUCACAGCCCCUCAAUAGCCAACUUCCUGGUGAGCUGGAUCUGUCACAACAGGGCAGGAGGCAUUACGUGGAUCUAGAACAGUCCAGGGCAUAUGAAUCUGCUCAUUGGUCACUUUAAUGCACUUGUUCGUUGUGACGUUUGUUUUGGUUUGUUUAAACUAAUAAGCAAGGUGGGUAGCCUUGCUUCAUUUGUGGAACCUUUCAGGCACAAAUGAAAUUACCUGAGAGUGUGUUUUGUUGUUGUCUCUAGCAAAGGUCUGGUGUCUUUUGCAGUUGUUGUCACCUCUUGAAUUAUUAGCUUAGGACGGUCACUUUGUGAUUUGCUACCAUUGCUCGAAGUUUUUCAUAUUAUCUUUUGACCAUAUGUAAACAAAGUGUUGCACACAUUGCCCAUCUAAGAAUAUUUUGCACUCUGGUAA